AUGCGGACGAAUUGCAAGUCACUCGACGUCAAGGAGCCGAUCAAAUCAUGGUAUGGGCGGCGGUCUGAAAAAGGCCGUUCACUGCUCGUUUUUCUCCCAAUGGGUCGCAACCAAGUCAAAAUAAAUCAGCAAAUCUAUCGAGACAAAGUCCUAAUACCUGGGUUGAUACCGUGGGCACGUCACACGUUCGGUUCUGAUCGUUGGACUUUCCAGCAAGACUCGGCACCAUCGCACAGAGCAAUUGGAACGCAAAAUUGGUUGAAAGCGAACGUUCCAGUGCUGAUCGAUCGAGAUAUGUGGCCGUUGUCAUCACCCAACUUGAAUCCGCGAGACUCACGUCGGUGGAAGGUGGAAGCGCUCAAAGCUAGUCUUACGCGAGAAUGGAAUUGUUUAAGUGAUGACGUCUUUCGAGCAGCGUGCGCUUGGUUCAGGAAGAGACUCAAGCUUGUAGUAAAGGCUAAAGGCGGUUUUAUUCCAUCGGACUAA